AUGUUGAGCGUGAAACGGGCAAUAAUAUUAUCAGCAAUUGUGCUAGUAAUCUUCUUUUUCACAUCAAGUCAGCGGUCUCAGGAGUUUAGAUCACAUAUAAGAGGUGGUCCGCGGCCGAAUGUUGACGAUGAUGCCGUUCUAACAGACCAUUCGUCGAAACAUCCUGAAGACCACCUGAACAAACUAGUUACCCAAAUCAACCCCCCACACCUUGGAAAGCCUGCCCCUCGCCCUUCAAACAUCAACGGUCAACCCGUCCGUGACCAGCUCGCCUAUCAAUUCCCAUAUGACGUCUCGAACAAGUUCCCGGCUUUCAUCUGGCAGACAUGGAAGUACACUGUCGCCAAUCCCCGAUUCAGCGACGGCUAUCGUCCGUUAGAAGCCAGCUGGACACAACACCACCCGGACUUUAUCCACGAGGUCAUAACCGACCAAGUCGCGUUACACUUGAUCAAACACCUAUACGGAUCCGUUCCCCGGGUUCUGGAGGCCUUCACAUCGUUACCAUCUCCGAUUCUUAAAGCCGAUUUCUUCCGAUACUUGAUAUUACUUGCGAGAGGAGGCAUCUACAGCGACAUUGAUACUGCAGCGUUGAAGCCGGCGACGAAGUGGAUCCCCUCGAAUUUCAGAAUGGCAUCCAUCGGAUUGGUUGUCGGCAUCGAGGCCGACCCCACCGGGAAGAACUGGGCGGAAAACUACUCUCGAAGGCUACAAUUUUGUCAGUGGACCAUUCAAUCAAAGCCGGGCCAUCCUGUCCUCCGCGAAGUCGUGGCGCGUAUAACCGAAAAGACUUUGGAUAUGAAGAGGAAAGGAAAGCUACGAAAGGACCAAAGCGGGGUUAUUGAAUUUACAGGACCAGCGAUAUGGACGGAUACGAUUUUUGACUACUUGAACGACGAGAAUUACUUUACAGUCCAGAAGCAGAAUCCGGUUGAUUUCAGGAAUUUCACAGGGAUGAAGAAUCCGAAGAAGAUUGGAGAUGUUGUAGUUCUACCCGUUACGAGCUUUAGCCCCGGUGUUGGACAAUUCGGUGCCGGUGAAGACGAUGAUCCGCAGGCUUUCGUCAAGCACAUGUUCGAGGGUACCUGGAAGCCAGAAGAAGAGCGCCACAUCGGUGAACCUGAUAAUAUGAGGAUUUACCGAGAGGACCAGGAGAAGAAGCAGAAAGAGAGACUCAAGAAGAUGGGGAUUCAUCAAGUAUAG